AUCCUCUUAAGCUUCUUCUUAUUCCCCACUCUCUCCUGUCUGUCUCUCUCCUUCAGAGUAUGAUCUCAGCGAUAGUGAACAGUUCCUACUACGCCAACGUCUCCACCUCAAAAUGCCAGGAGUUCGGACGCUGGUAUAAGAAGUACAAACGCAUCAAAGGUGAAUACUUUGAGAAGAUGUGGUCAGCACAGGACAAAUCGGAUAUAAAAGUGGAGAGGGAUUUGGACCUGAGCAUCAUCAGUCAGCGUCCUCCCUCUCUCUUACCGUCCUCCGCCCAUUUGAGCACCAUCAGUGGCCCGGGAGCUCCUCCCAUCAAGACUGUCCUUGGCGAUGCUCAGCCCCCCACCCAGCCUCACUGUCUGCCCCAUCCCGCCAGUCAACACCACCCCGGUCCUCAACUGCGUCCCCAAGCUCCACCGCUGCUGGGCCACAGCAGCCUCCUGUCCCCUCAGCUCGUCCGUCAACAGCUCGCCAUGGCCCACCUCAUCAACCAGCAGCUGGCCGUCAGCCGCCUGCUGGCCCACCAGCACCCUCAGGGAGUCAACCAGCAGUUUCUCAACCACCCGCCCAUCCCCAGGGCCUGCAAGGGCCCCGGGUCCGUAACUGAGCCAGGACUCAACUGCUCAGGGGCCGACGUGUCCCCUGACAUUUACCAGCAGGUCAGGAAUGAGCUGAAGAGGGCCAGCAUUUCACAAGCAGUGUUCGCUCGCGUAGCUUUUAACCGCACACAGGGCUUGCUGUCAGAGAUCCUUCGUAAGGAGGAGGAUCCUCGCUCUGCGUCUCAGUCGCUGCUCGUCAACCUGAAGGCCAUGCAGAACUUCCUCAACCUGCCCGAGGGCGAGCGUGACCGCAUCUAUCAGGAGGAGAGAGAGAGGAGCACCAACACCAACCACAACCUCUCCACCAACCACAUCUCCAAUACCAACCCACACAGACUCACACAGUCAAAGGGCAGCGUGUCCAGCGCAGAGCUGCCGCUGAAGCUCGACUCGCUGGUGAACAUCACGUCAGGAAUCUAUGACGAGAUCCAGCAGGAGAUGAAGAGGGCGAAGGUCUCCCAGGCUCUGUUCGCCAAGGUGGCCGCCAAUAAAAGUCAG